GAGCGUCGAUCGGAAUCCAACAAGACGGAACAGUUCGCGCGGAAGGUUUAGGGCCGAGGGAAAUUGCGCAAGCCGUGAACACGCUUACCAGUAUUGCUGGUGGGUGAAAAUUCGGUCUGUAACUCUGCAUUUUCUGAUGCAACUCAUGCAUCACCGCAUUACAUUAGCUUCGCGGUGGCCAUUGGUCGAGGCAGAUGCCCUUCAGGUUUCUGCUGACGGGGAUGUUUGAGUGAUUUCGCGGGUGGGACGAACGUCAAGUAUCACUGUGGCGAAAGCACCCACCAAACUGCAACUGGUAUGGUGAAAUAUAUGAUUGAUUGAUGCAGGGGAGGAGGAGGUUCCUUGGGGAGGGCUUCGUCGGUUGCGUCGCACCACUGUACCGAGCAAGCAAUAAGUGCACACAGAUAUGCGUCUGCAGGAUGCGGUUCACACUUCGACGCGAUGCUCCGGGUGACGUGUCCGCUGGCUCCAUCCUUCGAUGCGACUCCAAUCAACGAUCUUACCAGUUACCGCGCUGUUUCUUCCCAUUCCGACUCCUCGGGUUGUGGGGUUGGACUUGGAGCAGCGAGGUUGAAAUCGGGCCCGCACAAUGGCGGUCGUACAAAUCGCGAUGCCCACCAGGAACAAUGCAAAAACAAGAUAUACCGUUGAAGCUUGCUUUCACGUCGCUUGCAAUUUUGGAGCGUGAAAGUGGCAGCAUAUUUCAAUGUAAAAGGCGCUUGGUCCUGAAACAUCACCGCUGGAGUCUGGGACUAUCGACUGACGGAUCGGUCCCAGAACCAAAUGGUGCCUUGGAGACGGAGGCUAGAGCCAUUUCCAGUACCAUGAUUCCAUGACUGGGAGCUUCGCUAGCCCUCCGGAACUGCAACCUCUAUCGUCCAGAGUCCAGACUUUAAUAUAUUAAUUAAAGAAUAAAGUCUGACGUGACUAAUGAUAAUGAUAAUGAUAAGGAACCGGACCAUGUCCCCUCGAAAGGUUCCG